AUGGGGCUGGGGCCAGCUCUUGUGGCGGCCAAGCUCUGGGCACCGAGCCGGCGGGGAGGGCAGUUGUUUUGCACCAAGCAGCGCCGGAGACUCCCGGCGAGAGCGCGCGCGGGGCCGCUCGGAGCGCGCCCGCAGUGCCCCGCGCCGGCCAGGGCAGCCACGCGGUCGCCGGGUGGCAGAGGUUUCGAGCCCCAUCGGUGCUCCGAGACCCGGGCCUGCGCUGGGGAGCUCGACUGGCCGGACCAUGCGGAGCAGCGGGUCCUGGCCUUGGCCGCGAGCGGCACCGCGUGCGCACGGCCAGCGGGGCCUCCCAGCCCCCGCCUGGACUUCCUUCAAUUUGACUUCCACGGCGGAGGCAUGUGGGGUCAGUCCCGGGUGGAUCGCACGUGGGCUCGGCAGACCCCAGACACCCACGGCCAAGAUCUGCAUCCGCUGUGCCAGGCCUUGCUGAGCGCGGGGCGUCGCACACCUGCGGGACCAGGCGCCUCGCAGCCUGCACUCCCGCACCCCGGCCCCCAGCGCGAGGGCGCCCAGCUGGUCCCAGCAAUGGCGGGGCCAGACAAAGGAGUCGCCCACGAGGGGUUAAUCCGCCCCUCACCCUUCCCCGAAGUCCCUACCAUACCUUCCCAUGCAGCUGGGAGUAGGGGAAACGCGGCACCCUAA